GAACGUCCCUGACAUGUCCAGCCCGGCCCUAGCUGAGAUCGGCGGUCGAAGCGGUCACAUAGAACAAACAGACAAAGCGACCAGCGCUUUGUCGUCAGAUCGCGCACGGAUGGAUCUGUCAGCCACCCAGAUGCGGGGGAAUUCCCAAGCGAAGUGGGCUUCUCUGAAAUGGUAUUUGAGAGCGGGAAAAAUGGGAGGGAGGGAGCGCACCGUCUGGCUGCUUUUCUCUCCUCUGCCGUUGAGUUUCGAGAGCACCUUCGUUGACAUGGCUCGUACGACCUCCUUCACGCACGACGUGCCUUAUGGGCUGCGCAGCAAGUCGCGGUCCCAGCCUGCUAUGCCGUACACGCUACGCAGCAUGACCCGAGGUGAGCGGACGGCAGGCCAAGCUGCAAAGAACGCUCAGAAGCCCAUCCACCAUAUUCGCGCCGUCGCGGGGAAGAAUAGACAUCCCAAGACCAAGUCCAGAUCCACGCCUAAAUCGAAGCGCUCGCUCAAGAAAUCAUCGUUCACGAAGUCGCCUACGAAAGCCUUUACGCGUGAGGCUGGGACCAGCGACGACGAGCUCGACGCGGCCGAAGUCGAUCUCAGCCUGAGUUUCACUUCUCUGGAAGCCGGCGUCCCUGGUACACCGCAGAACCAGGCCUCGUUCGCCUCAGAGCAGUCCCUGGCUGCCCCCCGCACGCCCACGGGCAAAAGGCGCCCCCAGCGCGGCGAAGCGCAGCUCUCGACCAUGCUUCUAUCCGACAACACGAACGAAGACGAACUCGGCACCGGCGCCGGCGCGCAGACAGCGACAGAGAGCGACGCCGGGACGCCCGUGAACGGAAACAUGUACGACGGCGUGACGCUCCAUGGGGACGUGUACAGGCGCCUUCUGCUGUUGGGCGCGAGCCCGCGGGGAAAUGUGCCGGAUGGGGUGCUAGAGAGCCGGAUACCCAGUCCGACGCGGAAGGCGGUCGUCGAGGCGGGGGUGCGGUCGUUGUCGGGCGAGAGGCUGCUAGGCGGGUUCAAUUUCGCGAGGGCAGCGGCGCAGGUUCGAGCAGAGGAGCAGGUUCAGGCGCAGGUGCAGGAUCAAGCACCGGUGAGCACUUCGGCAGCAGCGGCGAUGGAGGUGUAUGCGGCGCCGAGCCCGCAGGACACGGUGAGUGAUGACUCGGAGUGGCACGGCAUUCAUGGUGGCCAUGAGCUGGUACGCGUGGACACGGAGAUGAUUGACCAGGACGACGGUGGGGUUGAUGCGAGUCCUGGGAAAAGCGCGGGAUCACUUCAAAUUAUCUUCAACAAAUAUGGUGCUAUGUUCUUCUUGUUUAUGAUGGCGUCUCCUCCAAAACCCUGGGAGCGCGGCUCAGUCGCUGCAGCCCCCGCCCCGCCCCUCCCCUCCUCAGCCGCCCCGACGUCGACAGCGCCGUCGGUACCAUCAAUGGCCGCACCAGCUCCGACUGUCACCUCGUCUGACAUUCCUUCCGUUCCUCCACGCCCCGCUGCCCUAUCAAACCCUUCCAUGUCCACCAUGUCCACCCCCUAUAACUCCCUGUCAAGUCCCUACUCAUCCUCUUACUCAUCACCGUACAACCGACUAGGCAGCAGCUACUCGCCCUAUGGCGGUGGCAUGUACGGUGGCGGCGGCCUCGGUUCGUAUGGAGGGAUGGGCUACGGCGGCUAUGGUGGGGGCGGGUACGGCGGGUACGGCGGGAUGAACAGCAUGUACGGCGGCGGCAUGCCAGGCAUGGGCAUGUACGGAGGCAUGCCAGGCAUGGAUCCCAACAACCCCUCCCUCACCCAGACCCUCGAGUCCACCACCCAACACACCUUCGCCCUCCUACACUCGAUCGUCCAAACCUUCUCGGGCGUCGCCCAGAUGAUCGAGUCCACAUUCAUGGCGACCCACUCGUCCUUCUUCGCCAUGGUCGGCGUCGUCGACCAGUUCGGCCAGCUGCGCAACGCCCUCGGCUCCGUCCUCGGCCUCUUCGGCCUCGUCCGCUGGAUGCGCGAGCUCGUCACCGGCCGCCCCUCACCCCCACCGGGCAUGCAGAACGAGUUCCGCGACUUCGUCGGCGGCAAGCCCGUCCAGGGCCCCAUGGCACCUACAGGCCCAAAACCAAGCCGCAAGCCGCUGAUCAUCUUUUUCCUCGCCAUCUUCGGCAUCCCGUACGCCAUGUCCCGCCUCGUACGCAUCCUCAACGAGCGCGCACAGCAGCAGCAGCAGGAGGCCCUCGCCGCGGGUGGCGGGCAGCCCGGCGCGGGCGGUGCGCUGGGCCCGCUGGACCCGGCGUCGCUCACGUUCGCGCGGGCGCGGUACGUCUUCGAUGCGAGCUCGCCGUCUGAGCUUGCGCUCAAGGAGAACGAGAUCGUCGCGAUCAUGGGCAAGCUCGAUCCCACCACCGGCGCCGAGGUCGACCCGCGCAUCGAGGUGCAGUCUGACUGGUGGAAGGGCCGCACGCGCGACGGCCGUGAGGGGUGGUUCCCACGUGCGUUCGUCGAGGUUCUGGAGCGGCGCAAGGCCGAGGAGCCCAAGAAGGUCGACUGAGCGAUAGAGAGAAGAUGAAUGGAGGUUGUUUGGGGCGCCGCUGGAGGCGAUUUGUACACUCAUGUAUGCGUUUCGUUUUCUAUCUGUUUCUACCUGGCUGUCGUGCGCUCGCUGUCUCUUUCUUGAUUUACCCGCUAGCUCUCUCUCUCUUUGAACCUCUCGCUACAAGGCUCAUGUUCAAAAUCCCCGCUUUAUUCUAUUUAUCGCAUGCAUCCUACGUUUGCC